AUGGAUCAGUUGAAGCAGAUCAUCUCCUUAGGCCAGCUUAUCUACAACCAGUGUGCGGAGAUGAAAUACUGCCGGAAACAGUGCCGACGUCUAGGGGACCGCGUCCAGGGCCUGCUGCAGCCUCUGCAAAUGCUCCAGGACCAAGGAGAGAGGAACCUGCCCUCCCAGAUCACCACUGCGCUGAGCCGUUUCCAGGCUGCCCUAGAGGAAGCUAAGGAGCGGAUAGACAAGUUCAGCAAUAAGUCCAAUAUCCAGAAGUUUCUAACAGCAGGGCAUGACAGCAUAGUCUUUGGUGGGGUGAACCAGAGGCUGAGCAAUGUCUGGGAGGAGCUCUCUCUGCUGCUCCAGGUGGAUCAGUGGAGGCACACUUCAAGCCUCAGCCCAGGAGCGUCCUGGCAACAGGAAGAUCAACAGGAUGCAGAGGAGGACAGGAAAGCUCUCCAAGGACUGAGUGAGAAAGAAACUGUAAAAACUUUAUUGAGGCAACUGGAGAACAUGAAGGAAACCAUCGAAGCUGUGAGGAGCUGGAUGAGGUCGGAUUCACAGAAACCCAAGAAGGGGUUCCCACAAGAUCAAAUCAAGGAGAUUAAGAAGGAGGAGCUUCCAGAAGCCGAUUGGAUCCUACUAAAGGAAAAUGAAUCCAGCACACUUUAUAAAGGAAAAUACCACGAAUCUCCCGUGGCCAUAAAAGUAUUCAACAACUCCCAGGCCCAAGGCAUUGGAAUAGUGAGGCAUACUUUCAAUAAUGAAAUCAGAACCAUGAAGAAGUUUGAUUCCCCCAACAUCCUGCGCAUGUUUGGGAUUUGCAUUGAUGAAGCAGUGACACCCCCUCAGUUAUCCAUCGUCAUGGAGUACUGUGAGCUCGGGACCCUGAGGGAGCUGCUGGAUCGGGAAAAGGACCUCACCCUGGCCAAGCGCAUCAUCCUGACCCUGGAGGCAGCCAGAGGCUUGUACAGGCUGCACCAUUCGGAAACACCCUCAGAACUCCACAGGAACAUCAGCAGCACGAGCUUCCUGGUGACUAAAGACUACAACGUGAAGCUUGCAGGAUUUGAGUUGAGCAAAACACAGACUUCCAUCAGCCGACAAACUGGGGGAAAAGAAGCAGAGAGAGUCAAUUCUGCCGCGUACAUCUCGCCUCAGAGGUUGGAAAAUGUGUAUAGUAAAUACGACAUAAAAGCUGAAAUAUACAGCUUUGGAAUUGUUCUCUGGGAGAUCGCCACUGGGAAGAGCCCAUUUGAAGGUUGUGAUUCCAAGAAGAUCUACCAGCUGGUGGCUGAGUCCCGGCACCGAGAGCCAGUGGGUGAAGAUUGCCCUUCACAGUUGCAGGAGAUCAUUGAUGAUUGCCGUGCCUAUGAACCCUCCAGGAGGCCCUCUGUUAAAGAAAUCUUAAAGAGACUGUCUCCCUUUUGUUAA